AUGACUUCCCGAGACGGAUUCGUGUGGACUCCCAGCGCCGGAGGAAAAGAAGGGAUUCCCUCCAUCAGCGUCAUUGAACCUCAGCAGCACGUCGCUGCAGACACCAAAGAGGUCCUGGACGCCAUCGUGAUCGGUGCUGGGUAUUCUGGGCUUGUGGCGGCACGAGAUCUGACGACACAAGGAUUUCGGACUCUGCUUCUCGAGGGUCGUGACCGCAUUGGUGGCCGGACCUGGCACAGUACGAUUGAUGGAUUCAACUACGAGAUGGGCGGCACCUGGGUCCACUGGCAAAUGCCUCACAUUUAUCGCGAGAUGUCGUUAUACAACAUGCAGGACGAAUGGAUCGUGACCCAAAUCGGCGGUGGCCCUUUGGACUUCUGUACAUUGACCACGCCACAUGACAAGCGCAAUCUGACCCAUGACCAAGAGGCGGAUAUGUUCGGCAGAGUCUGGGGCGAGUUCUGCAAUCUGGACGGCGCAUACAUGAAAGAGGGUAUGCCCUACCCCUUCGACUCGAUGCGAAACAAGGAGCAGAUGAGCAGGUACGACAAGCUUUCGUGCAGAGACCGCCUGGAGCAGAUCCGAUCCAAGUUCUCCACCGAGGAGAUCGGCAUGUUGGAAGCCAUCUUGCUGCAAAUGGGUGGUGGGCCGCUGGAAUCCAUGGGCGUCUUGGACGGUCUGCGGUGGUGGGCUCUUGGCAACCAUCUUCCCACCGGGUUGAACGACAUUGCUCUCAGCACUCGACUGCGCAGUGGACAGAGCGCCCUGGCCCGGAACAUUUUCGACCAUGCAGUGUCGACCCGAAGACUCUCGUAUGCAUUUUCCAGUCCGGUGGCCAAGAUUGAGGACGGCACGUCUUUCUGCACGGUGACGACGCGGUCGGGCAAGACCUACAAGGCACACAAAGUCAUCUGCACCAUCCCCUUGAACGUCCUGCGCGACAUCGAGUUUUCUCCCGCCCUGCCGACGAAGAUGGCCGAGGCAAUCUCGAUCGGACAGACGAACAAGUGCAACAAGGUCCAUUUCGACGUGGCAGGCCCGGAGUUGGUGUCUUGGAACUCAUUUGCCUCUCCUGGGAAGGGUCUGAUCUGUGCUCUCGCAGACAACCUGACUCCCACAAAUGACACUCACCUGGUUGCUUUUGGCCCGUCAGCGGAUACCGCGGUCGGACUCACGCUCAAGGACAACGUCUCCGGUAUCAAAGAGGCACUUGACCACCUGCUUCCGGAGAAGAAAGAGGUCAAACGCAUUGUCUACCACGAUUGGUACAACGACGAGUUCUCCAAAGGCACAUGGGCUUAUCUUCCUCCGGAGUGGGUAAGCAAAUAUAAUGAUAUUAUGCAGACUCCUCAUGGCAAUGUCAUCCUCGCAAGCGGAGACUGGGGUGAAGGCUGGCGUGGCUGGAUCGAUGGAGCCGCUCAGCAGGGAAUGAAGGCUGCCAAAUUGGUCGCCGACACGUAUGGUUCUCGAAUGAAGAGUCGGAUAUGA